AUGGCUUCUCUUCGAUUAAUGUUAUUCUCCUUAUGUUUCAUAUGCCUCACUUGUCUUGCUACAUCAACACUGAAUCAAGAAACCGAAUUCGAAUGUGUCUCUAUGUACACACAAUCUGCAUUGCAACAUCCUCAAAUGAAGAAUCACCAAAUACAGACUAAACCAAGUCGAGAGCUUCUAUCAAUGCUCUCUACUUCCAAUGAUGACACAAUCACAAAGAUUGUCUCGGAGGGAUCAGAAGAAUGUCCUAAAGGACAAGUACCGAUUCACAAUCCAAAAACCAGCGUAACCAAUAAUUUUAUAUAUCCCCAACAAUUUACUAAAGAAGGCCGUCUCUUAAGACAAGAUCGUCGGGUUUAUAAGAGGAUCAAGAACAAACAACGUACAAAAACGAAAAACAUACAUAUAUAUUCUUCAAUGUUGUCCCAGAAAUACAAAAAGCAUACGUCAAAAGGUUUUAGGGAGUACAAUCAACAUUAUGCAAUUAUCAAAACAUUUGAAAAUACGACAAAGAAAUGGCAUGGAGCGCAAGGUUUGUUCGAUAUUAACAAACCGCGAAUGGGGCAACAACAAUAUAGUAAAGCUUGGAUUUGGCUUAAUUACAUACAAGGGAACGUAAUGAGCAGCAUCCAGUUUGGUGUGGCUGUACAUACAAGACUAUAUGGAGAUGACCGUCCAAGACUAACGACGCUAUGGAUGGCAGAAAAACAACAAAACGGAUGUUACAAUGCGUUAUGCCCAGGAGGUUAUGUCCAAGUUCAUAAAUCAAUCUACCCUGGUAUGGUUUAUCAUAAAGUUAGUGUUCCAGGAGGAGAACACCACACUGUCCAUCUUUCUGUAGCCGAGGAUCCAGUGACCAAAAAUUGGGUAUUGACGACAGGAACCAAGAUGAUAGGCUAUUGGCCACGUGAAACUUACAUGGCAGAAGGAGCGUCUGAAGUUUACUUUGGUGGAUUUGCAGGAACUUCAAUGGCUCAAACCCUGAGCCCACCAAUGGGAACUGGAGAUUUUCCGACAAAAGACUUGACUCGGUCUUCUUUCAUAAAACAACUCAAAUAUGUUCUUCCGGACUAUACAGUGGUGGAUAUUAAUUCAAACGAGAUCGAGUAUUAUGCUAAUGAUCCUAAUUGUUAUAAUGUAAUGUUUCUUAAGUAUGUAGAUUUUGAUUCGAGAGAGACUCUUACAUUUGGAGGACCUGGUGGACAUUGUCGUUUAUGAUGAUAUUAUAAGAAACAAAAAUCUGUUUAUCUUUAUAAACAGAUUCGAUUAUUUUAAUUUGUAUCCUCAGAAAUGUGUAUAAACUAUACGUUUUUAAAUACAUCGAUCUAUACUUAUAUGACAAAAAAUAGCAAAAAAAAAAACAAUUCAUGUCAUGGAUUUUUAUUACUAUAUCUAUACGUAUACAAUCACGAAUCCUCUGUCUUCUAUGUAUUACUUUAUAUGUAAUUUAAAAAUAUCAAAAAUAAUAAUUCCAAAAUGAAAAAUGUGAAAUAAUUAUAUUAUUUUAUUAUAUAAUUUACUACUAUGUUUUUGAUGAAAUAUUAAAUUUAUUGAUCAGGUAAAAAAUGUUUCAUGUACAAUCAUACUGUUGUUUAUGAACAUCAUAUCAAAAAAAAUUAAAGGUACUUUUACAGAAUUUACCAGAAAGAUGACAAAGCUAUUUUCAAUGUGUGUGUGUGAAAAUAUGAAUUUUUAAUCUUCAAUUAGUUUUUAAGACUUUGCAAUAAGAUGUUUCUAUUUUAGAAAAUUGAAAUUCCAAUUUUAAGAAAUAUAAUUUAUUUUCACUUGUAUAUAGUAGUAACAAUAAGUUUCAAGAAAUAUAAUUUAUUUUCAUUGUACAUAGCAUUUUUAAUAUAUUUUUAUAAUAAUCUUUAUUAAUUUUUUGAAUAGUGACAUAAGUUUUUAAUUUCCAGACUGCCUGUAUUCAGAAUUUUCCUUGUUAUAUGUAUGGGAUGAAUUAACUUAUGCGUACACGUGUUUGCAUGUGUAUGUAGAUAGUGAUAUGGGACAUGAAAUCAUGAAUGAACUUAUGGUUGUCUCUAUAAUUGCUCAAGCCAAACAUGGUGAGGCGUGACGCCCCAUAUGAUUUGUUGGCUAUCCAAUAUGUUUAAAUAACAUCAUCAUAAAUGAAAGUUUUAUUAAGCAGCGUAAAUUAUAUACCAAGCUAGUGACCGUAUAAUCUCGAUUGUUAUGCAAUAAGGUUACCCUGCUCUCGCAAUAAAUAAAUACUUUGGAGAAGUUUUUUUACACAAUAAAGGAUUUUGGGCUUUGUAUAAAGUAUGUCUAGGGAAAAAACUCGGAUGUUUCUCAUUAGCGAUUAGUGAAGGUGCAUUCUCAAGAAAACGCCGAGGCGUGCGAAACGCAUGACACAACGUGGCACAUGCUUUCCAAUUCGCACCCUACGCAGUAUAAAGCCCAUGACUUAUUUAGGCCCGUUGAAACGCUGCUGUUACGGUUGUUCUUGAGUUUCUAGCAUUAUUAAGUGAUUGGUACGACUGCUAUAUCAUUUAAAAAUAGUUGCAUUUGCAAAAUAUUUCUGGCUGAUUGAUUAUAAGAUAUUGCAACUGUCUAAUAAAUAAUUAUUAAUAUUAACACAUUUUAAUGUUAUAAAAAUAUCAAAAAUAUGCUACUAUGACAAAAUAUAAUAAAUAUUAAUAAUAAUAUUACAAUUUUUUACUUUUUAGUUUAAAUGAAAGUUAUAGUUUCAAUAAAAUUUAUUUUAGAAUUUUUUAUUAAUUUCAUUUAUAUGUGUAUAUAUUUUUAUAUAUGUUUAUAUAUGUGUAUAUAU